GGAGAUACCCAGCAUGCGAAGUUUUACGAGGACAUAUCGAGAUCAAAUCUUGUUUUUGGUAAUCCGUUGUUCUACAUUGUGACGUCAAGUUUGUCUCUCUGCACCGCCAAGUGUAACAUAGUACCCGAGUGUUACGGAGUCAGUCUAAAUAACAUGGAUAAUGAUUGCCGUGGCUAUAAACGUUUUGCCGACCCUUUGACUGUCCAAGGAACGAGAGUCUGGAAGAAAGCUUUACGUUGCCACCCAUACUACACCUACACCCAGGCUUUGGACCUCUGUUGGAAAUGGUAUGAUGGUCUGAAUUGGGUAAAUGCCAAGGCCUUUUGUCCAGAGGAGGACAGCAGGCUAAUUGUCCUUGACACGUACACCAAACUGAACGCCGUCCGUAAUCACCUUGUAAGCAGUGGAGAUGCCGUCUUCUACUUCAUAGGAGGACACAAACAACAGGGUACAUGGGUAUGGCUGAACGGUAAACCAGUGGACAUGAGCCCGUCUUUCUGGGGACCUGGAGAACCCAGUGGACAAUCCUUUGCUAUCUAUUUGGCCUGGAAUCUAGAUUUCCAUGGAAGAUUUGAUGACUCCGGAGGUUUUGUUGACACUCGUUACAUUUGUGAAAAACCUUGAAAGAUUUAUCUCGUAUAACUACGGAGACAAUUUUACUAAAACUGCAUUGAUGAACAUUUAUUCGGUGGAAACUUGGAAUACUUAACCGAAGUUUAAAAGCAUUUGUGGAUGUCUGUUAAAGUUAGUUAAUCUCAAUUUAGGUUUUGGUGAUUGGAAAUUAACAAUAAAAGGUUUUGUGAAAUACAGGUUGAUGAUAAUUUGAAUGUUUAUGUUCAACGUACUGAUCUCAUGUUGCUAUUGCUUUCCUGGUGUGAUAUGAAGUUAAUAUCCACAUUUAGCUACUCAGAGCAUACGUGACACUUUUGUGACGUAACGUAUAUAAUGGGCUGUUUGUUUUUCGCCUUCUUGCAAAUGAGAAAUGAUGAUUAGGAAAUGUUGUCAUGGUUUAUGGAAAUAAAUUCAAUCUGAAAAGAAA